CACCGGAGGAGCUGCCCGCCAUGGAACCCCAACGGGCCCCGUAAAAUCCAAUUCACCGUGCCGCUGCUGGAGCCGCACCUCGACCCGGAGGCGGCGGAGCAGAUCCGUCGACGCCGACCGACGCCGGCCAGCCUGGUGCUGAGCAGCGACCAAUCGUCCCCAGAGAUCGAUGAGGACCGACUCCCCAAUGCCCUGCUGAAGUCGGGUCUGGCCAUGUCCCCGCAGAGGAAGAAGGUGUACUGCACCACCCCCACUGUGAAAGAGCUGCAGAUGAUGGUGGAGCACCACCUGUGCAAGCAGGCGCGGGGCGAGGAGGACGACGAGGUGGCUGCUGGAGGCCAGGAGCACAGCCCAGGCUGCUGCCACCGCGGUGACACCGAGCACAGCCACAGCCCUGGGGGCAGCUGCCUGCUGGCCCAGGCUCAGCCAACACAGCAGGGUGGCCCAGGUGACAGGACCCACGGGGAUGAGCGGCGAAGUCCGGGCGAUGAGGGCACUCAUAUAGCACCGGGGGGAAAGGGAGCUGCUGGCGGCCUGUAGGUGCUGCUGCCCCCAUUGGAGCCGAAGCGCCGCCUGCUUUUUUUCUAUCAAUCGUUUUCUAAGAUUC